AGCCACGCCCCCCACCCCCCAUCAAUGGAAGCUUUUGUCACGUCUCCCCCUUCACCUCAUCCUCCUCCUCCUAACUCAUCCACUCUGCCCUCCCCGUCCCCCCUGCGCCCGGCUGUCGCCCCCUCGGUCCAGCUUGGCUUCACCAUCCUCUACACGGCUCUGUAUGCUGGACUGUUCGUGGUAGUCUAUGUACAGCUUUGGCUCCUCUUCCUAUAUCGACACAAAAGAUGGAGCUACCAGAGCGUCUUCCUGUUCCUUUGCCUGCUCUGGGCUGCCCUUCGUACAACCCUGUUUUCCUUUUACUUCUGGAACGCUCUGGAAGCCAACCACCUCCCUGUGGCAGUGUACUGGCUGCUGUACUGUUUCCCCGUCUGUCUGCAGUUCUUCACUCUAAGCCUUAUUAACCUGUAUUUCACUCAGGUAUUACUCAAAGUGAGAGAGACUUACAGCUCUGAAGUGCACAAAGGACUCUGGUUGGCUCGGUGUGUGUACGGCGGGCUGUGCACCAUCUUCCUCUGUGUCAACGUGGUUUGUGCAGUUCUCGGAGACCGGUCUAGUAGCAGUGGGUCUUCAAAGUGGACUUGGAGCCUGGUUCUGGUUCGAGUUCUGGUCAAUGAUACGCUGUUCAUCCUGGAUGCAGUGUUACUCGCAGCCUCGCUGUUGUUCCUGACUCGACACUCGCGCACCACCAGUCCCUACCUGAUGAGCAAGGGGACCACAGUGUGGCAGACAGCAGUACUGGGAGCUGCGGUGAUCUUACUGUUUACCAGUCGAGCCUGUUACAACCUGACAGUCCUGGUUCUGUCCCAGAACCACCGGGUGGAGUCGUUCAACUUUGACUGGUACAAUGUCUCUGACCAGGUAAAUGAUGCUCUAAGUCGACAUUUGUGUUGUUAUCGCUCACAACAUACACUGGAUAACCGAGUGUGUGUGUGUUCACAGGCUGAUUUGCAGAGUGAACUGGGUGACAGGGGGUACCUGGCUUUCGGGGCCAUCCUCUUCAUAUGGGAGCUGCUGCCGACCGGGCUGCUCAUCCUCAUCUUCAGGGUUCGCCGACCUGCUCAGGAGGUCAGCAGCAUCAACCAUCGGGUUCUACCUCGUCCAUAUUUCUUUGAUGACCCUCAGGGCAGCGAGGAUGAUGCACCUGUCCCGUGGGCGCGUUCUUCAAAUCCACAUCCAAGCUGGUAUGGAUCGGAGACCACCCCUCUCCUGUUUGCCAGUAAUCCUCCAGACCAGAGCCACCAGCACCACUCGUUCUACUCCACCCCACAGAACUGACCCCCUCCAGCCACGCCCACCUUCAGGGUCGCUGACAUUCAUUCAUUCAUUCAUUCACUCCAGGCUGUCGGACCUCGACGUUUGCACUGAAAACCCUCAGGAAUCGUCAUUAGCAGACAUUAAACAUGCACCUUAAAACCCUGUCGUUCAAAGGGACCAGACUCAUGAUGCUCAGUGUUUGGUGGAAGACGCUGAGCAUCAUCUGACGUUCAUAAACUAAAGUUAAAGCUCUU